UUGAAACCAAAACUGCACCAGCUAAUCAAAUUGUAUUGAUAAAUUCCAUUAGCCUAUAGUUUUUCUGUAACAAAAGUCAGAAUGUCUCUAAAGUUUGGAAGGCAUAUAAAGUCACUCAACAACGAGAUUUUCAUUCACGGUGGUUUUCUCUUUCGAGUAUACCUGGCCAUUUGGUCCAUUUCCAUUCAGAGACUUGACUUCCCAGAUUUUGAGAAUGACUACCAUAUGGAGGCUGGUGGCUCUUGCAGCUGCGUUUGCGCCAGUUUCAUCUUCGGCCGGAAUGGAAUCCGAUCUCGAAGUUCUGCCAUCCAAGGAGGAGCAGCUGAUUCAACUGCUCAGUGAGGAUUUGGCUGAAAUGACUCCACAAGAAAUCGCCAAGUUUCUCCUUGUCGACUUUAAUUCCGUUAGUGUUUCAGAAGUCACGGAUAAAGGACUUUCAGGUCAAUGCACGCUAUCUAAACAAGAUCUCUCAGCUGAGUGCUGCGCCACAUUGUCUUUCAAGAUCUUCUGGACACGCCACACUCUCACCGGUUGCGCUUCCGUCAAGGUUCUUACAAAAGCAUUUGGCCUUCACAUCAAAAUAACCGCCUUGGGUCACACAAUUUACGACAAAGAGAUAUCAGCCCGUGAACCACCGGCGAUUUGCGUAGGCGUCCCUAAAAUAAAACUGGCUAAAGUUUGCCUGGACCUCCGUAACGUCCAAUGGAGCAACGGCUUUCAUGCAUGUGUUGCAUUUGAAGUCCAUCUCCUUUUCAAGACUCUGUUGGAUGUUCAACUUGGAUGCAUUGACGUCUAAAAAGGUUGACCUAACUAUCCAGCUGUUAAAGAAAACUCUCCGAUCGUAAUUAUUCCAGCAGAAUUAGAUUAGACUAACCUGCAUGCUCUGCUUCUUAAUGCUAUUAGAGUAUAACUGACACAAAGCGCGUGCGCUAUAUAAGAUUUUUCCCGAUACAUCGCACAAACCUAAAUCUUUUUAGAGAAAACUUUUGAUUCAGACUAGUGUGUAGAGGAAUUUUUUGUUACUUUUUAAAGUUGAUGAAUUUCAGCGCAAUAAACAACAUCUGGAGCAACCGUACACAUUGAUGACAAUUUAAAUUUCAGCAAGCCUUUGCUUGUAUCAAAGAAAUUACGUAUAGAUUCAGUAAAUAAACUUUCCUGUUCAAAACAGUGCCCUCCAUUAUGUAUGCAUUGGCCAAGUCAUAAAUAUUUCACUACUGACUAAUUUUUUUUCCAAGUGCACAGAGGGAAAAGUGAACAUUCUCUGCAGUCACAUAUCAAAGGAGGAAAUUCACAGAUUUCUAAUAGGGGAACACGGGGUGCAGGCAUCCACUGUGGUCACCUGCCACUGACUCAAGCGGGUUAGACAUUUUUGAUCGAUGUUUAACAGCAUUUAUUAUUUAGCGUAGUAAAUCUGACCAUGAUUGGUUGACAGAUUACCAUUAUUAUUAGUAUAUCUUUGAAGAAGACGGUGAGUCAUAGUUUUUCAAGCAACUGGUUGGCAGAUGUCUCAGCUGCGAAGAGCAGUCUCCAAAUCUCUCCUUGCAGUUAAGAUUUUAAUUUCUUUGCACUUGUUUAAUUUUGAUCUUUGCACUUUGUCCGUAUCCACAUUGCUACAAUUGCGUCAAAACGUGAACAUGAUAGGCAUUUUAGAUUCUAUCCGUGUAUGAUCAUCACAUUUUCUUGUUUUGUUGUGGGAAUUGAACACAAUUAGCCUGAAGUUAGUACCCACAGAACAAAGUAUAACGUUGUUAACAGCAAGAUAGCAAGAUAUUGUCAGGUGCAAAUCCCCCCAAAAUUGGAUCUUUUGGGGAGUAUAUGAAUAAUAUAAUAGAUACAACGA